GAUUAAGAAGAAAUUAAUAGAAAACUUAUGAGUUUAUCACCACCCUUAACUAGAGAAGGAGUGCGACUAGUGUUCGAAGAGAUGAAUAAUUCGAUCAGUCGACUCUUGGCGGAGAUGAAGAAACAAAAAGAAAAACGUGUUGCCAGAGAGAGUGCACUCGCUCUAGCUUUGGAUACAGUAACCGUUGAGAAAAUCACCGAGUGGCACCGGCAAUUAGCGGAGCGGCGGCUAACGGUGGAAGAGAUAUUACGAGUCCCGUCGCCUUGUCAACCCAAGCCAUCAACCACCACAGUGGCGGCUUCACCAGCACCAGCAGCGGUGGAAACUACUACCGUUCGUGCUCAACCCCGGCCGACGACGAUAUCAACAUCCGCCAAUAGGGUCAUGGCAACUUCGUCGGGGGAGACGAAUCGAAUCACCACCUCCACUGUCGGAGUUGUGGGUGAGCACCCUUCCACAGCAAACUACAUUAUAGGGAUUGGAGAAGCUGCUAAGUGCUUCUCUCAGAAGGAAUUCCCGACGAAUCCACUGACUUAUGGGUGGAAGUUUUGAAAGAAAAUGUUUGCGAUCGG